CCGUGUUGUCAGAUAGCACUCGUAUCCUACCCUUGCCAAGUGUCAAGCACCCGGCAUUCCGAACCUCCGCCGAGAUAAAUGCUUAGAUAUUUGGUAGCCUUGUGGAUUAUAGCCUGAUUUGGAAAAGCCCCAGCAUAUCUAUCUUGAGAUCCGCCUGGCCGCUGCGUGAUCCAACGAUAGGCGCGGUGAAAACCGAUGUAUCCACUCGGACGGAAAUGGGUUGACAACCGGCCCUACAUUUUUCUUCAGUGCUGUCUUGGCUUGGCAUUACUUGGUGCUCCUAGUGAAGAAAAAAAAAAAGGGUGAUGGGGCAUUUCGUUAGGCAAUGAAUAGCUAGACGUGGCCGUACUUAUCUAUGCCUUGGUCCUGCCUUUUGUUGUUCUGUGUUAUAAUUUUCAUUGAUAGCCCUAGUAUAAUAGCUUGUCCUCAAGAACCCUUUGAUCUUUGCCUCUCAUUACUUUCGUUGUCCUGUCCUGUUCAUAUAUCCAUCGCAAGUCUUACCAGUUAGGAUACUACGCAUCCCUUCCUACUAUAGUAUACAGUAUCUUUGAAAGCUCUACUGAUGCACCAUGCAAGAGCCCAAAGUCAUCAGCUCUGCUAGUUCAGGGGUCACAAAGACAGUCCAGCAUCAUGUGGACUUCGACGGCCCCAAUGACCCCCUGAACCCACUCAACUGGCCGAAAAAGAAGAAGGUGUAUAUCUGUGCCAUUCUGGGUAUCAGUACCAUGAUAGUCGCUUUUGCCAGUAGCAUAUUCGCCCCAGCCAUACCAGUCGUGAUGCUUCUCUAUGGUGUCAGCAAGGAAGUAGCCACCUUGGGCGUUUCCUUGUAUGUCUUUGGGUUUGCCGCUGGUCCUUUGGUCUUCGGUCCAUUUUCAGAGCUCAAGGGACGAUAUAUCCCUCUCGUUUUGUCCAUGCUCGGUUUCACAAUAUUCUCCUUCGCUACUGCCGUCUCCAAAGAUGUUCAGUCCUUGUUCAUUCUUCGGUUUUUCACAGGAUUCUUUGGGUCUGGGCCCCUUACACUAGCCGGUCCAGCAUUUGCCGAUAUGUUCUCGCCCCAGCAACGUGGUGUCCCCAUCGUGAUGUUCUGUCUGAUGGUAUUCAUCGGCCCCCUGGCUGGUCCAUUCACAGGGGGCUUCAUCAUCAUGAAUCAUUCUCUAGGCUGGCGCUGGACAGCAUAUAUCCCAGGAAUUCUAGGAGCAGCCGCUCUCGUCGUCAUGACUCUUUUCCUCGAAGAGACAUUCCAGCCCGUCAUCCUGACCCGGAAAGCUGAACAUCUGCGUCGGAAAACAGGGGACUGGUCUCUCCACUCCGAGCAAGAGGAAAUCCAUCUCGACCUUCGUUCCCUCAUCCGAGACAACUUGAGUUUGCCCCUAAAAAUGCUGGUCAAGGAACCGAUUGUCCUGUGCAUGUGCAUCUUCGGCGCCUUCGUCUACGGUCUGCUUUACCUCUUCCUCACUGCCUACCCGUACGUCUUCCAGAUCAAGCGUGGGAUGAAUCCAGGAGUUGGUGGGCUGCCGUACAUCGGUGUUAUUAUUGGAACGCUCUUUGGCGCUGCUGCCACCGCUGCCACCCAGCCUUGGGUGCUGCGGAAGUUGAAGCAGAACAAUGGUGAGAUGAUGCCCGAAUGGCGUCUUCCCGUUGCUAUUCCCGGUGCGGUCCUCUUCACUGGUGGACUCUUCUGGUUAGGAUGGUCCGGGUAUAAGGGCAGCAUUCACUGGAUUGUACCGACUGCAUCCGGAUUGUUCACUGGUUUUGGGUUGCUCACGAUGUUUCUGCCUUCAUUGGCUUAUCUCGUGGAAGCCAGUGGCGACAAGUCAGCAUCAGCCAUUGCAGCACACACAUUCCUGCGAUCAGCAGCUGGAGGCGCAUUCCCCCUUUUCGCAACCCAAAUGUUCGAUGGACUUGGAGUAGAGUGGGCAUGUACCCUGCUUGGCUGUGUCGGCGCACUUCUCAUCCCUAUUCCCCUCCUCCUGUACAUCUUCGGCGCUCGUAUCCGGGCCAGAAGCGGACUUUCAGCAUAGUUCGGCUUCAGUUCCUGGUCUGCACUGGCAUACAGUGUGGGUAAAAGAAAAUAUGUAAUAGUCCCUCCAUUCUGCGUGAUCUUUUGUUUUGGGAUACCUUUUUCGUUUGGGUCUGUGGCGUGGACUUUGUUUCGGUUUGCCUAAUAUUUUAAUUGAGUCGUCUGUUGGCUUUUGUCUUGCUAUAGAUGGUAAUGAUAUGAAUGAUGAAUGAUGUAUUUGACUGGAGUACUCAGUGUAGCAAUAUGCUUUAUUUGGGAGGUAGGUAAUAGUAUAGAAUUAUCGAUGGAAAUCAUUCCCAGAG